AUGCCGGCUCUUUCCUCGCUCCUUUUCCUCUCGGUCCUGUUUCUCGCUGCCCUCGUCUCCGCAGCUGACUUGUACAAAGCACUCGAAUUAUCCCGGCAAGCAACCGAGCAGGAUAUACGCUCCGCAUACAAGCGCCUGAGUAAAAAGUAUCAUCCGGAUAAGAACAAGGAGGCGGGGGCAGAGGAUAAGUUCGUGGACAUUGCUCAUGCAUAUGAGGUACUUUCCGACAAGACGAAACGUCAAAUAUACGAUCGCCAUGGAGAAGAAGGUCUCAAAGCACAUGAAGGCGGUCAGACCCACUUCCAGAACCCCUUCGAUAUGUUCUCGAGCUUCUUUGGUGGCGUCGCUCAGCAACAACAGACACGCAGGGGACCCACGGCCGUGAUGGACUUCGAGGUUUCUCUGGCUGAUAUGUACAAGGGUGCAAGCGUCGACUUUAUGUUAAAAAAGAACAUCCUUUGCGAUCACUGUCGUGGGUCUGGUGCGGCCUCGUCGGACGACGUGCACACCUGCUCUGGCUGCGGUGGGACGGGCCUCAAAUUGUCGAAGCAACAAAUCUUCCCGGGCAUGUACGCACAGACGCAAAGCACGUGUAAUGAAUGUGGCGGUCGCGGUACUGUCAUCGCUAAGCCCUGCCCACACUGCUCUGGGCAGAAGGUCGUCGAGCACACCGCGCACCUCGUACUUGAGGUUGAGCGGGGAAUGCCCGAAGGCUACGAGGUCGUCUUCGAGGGAGAAAGCGACGAGAGUCCAGAUUGGGAGGCCGGUGACAUUAUCCUACGAGUGAAGAGCUUGAAGGAGAAGGGCGGCUGGAGACGCAAGGAGUCGAGUCUGUACUGGAAGGAGAUAAUCGGCGUGGAUGAGGCGCUCCUCGGCUUCGAGCGGAACCUGACGCACCUUGACGGACAUAUUGUUGAACUCAAGCGGCGCGGAGUCACGCAACCGGGCUUCGUGCAGACGAUUGCUGGCGAGGGCAUGCCACAACAUGGGCGCGGAACGUUCGGCGACCUCUUCAUUGAGUACAGCGUUGUCCUCCCUACCGAACUCGGAGAGAGUACGAAGCGGAAACUCGCUGAGGCGUUCUAUGGGAGUGCGAACGGGCAUGACGAGCUAUAG